CGACGAAAACUUUACUGCUUUGACAUUGCGUUAUCAAGGGCAACACACUGCCUUACUGAGAGGUUUUGCUGAGCGGCAAUUUGAGCAGGCUGAGGCUGAAUUUUGCAAUCGCAGCACGACCAGAAACUGUUGACAUCUUUGAUUUACCUCUAAACGACAAUACCGAAUAGUCGUCUGUCCAAAUUGAGAUGGUGACCCCUCAAUCUGGACUUAAGAAUCGUUCGAAGCGGAGACCAGAUGGGCUGGGACAUCUGACUUCGGGGGAUGUUGAAGAUGAACAACCCAUGAAUAAUCAAGCACUGCGCAGCAUUGCAUGUACUCUUCAUGUAUUCGAUGCAUGGACGCUGGGUACAUUCGAGACUGCAUCUCGCAAAGAUCAUAUUACUGUGGGGCUUUUUAAUCGCUUCCUAAGGCUUACGAAUCGCGCCAUUGAGGGCAUGGUUUGGAUGGACGAUAAUGUCUAUGAAGCUAGAUGCGUUGACAAACAUCAAGAUCGGCUUAAGGAUUUGACUAAAACGGCAAUCACUGAGAUCUUGUGUGAUCUCAGAACCAGUCAGUAUUAUGCCCAGUUGAUUCAACUGCGGACGAUCCUAUACGCAACCGCGGAGGGGCAACGCAAAUACGCCUUGACUGCGUCAGACGUGGAGGUCCCAGAUACAUUGGAUGAUAGGAAAAUUGAUUCUUUUCAAACUUACAUAGGAGCACUUACGAGACAAUCCAGCGAGGAAAAGCAGAAGCUAGAAGCAGUGAUAACAUAUUGUUGGACUCUUUGAAAUCGCAUCAAACAUGCAGCCGAACUAGGUGAACUCACACCAACACUUCUAGAGGCGUUGAAAAAGAAGAUGAUAGCACUGCAAGUCAACAUUCGAAACGCGUGUACAGAAACGGGGAUGGAAGCCCGACCUCUUAUAGAUGAAAACAAAGCAGAGUGGUGGGAACUCGGUGAUGG